AGUGCUGCCAAGCCUCGCAUUUCAGAGGUGGCUGUGAUGUCUCCGGCUCAGCCCAGAGGCUGUGCUGGAUGCUUGGGAGCUGAGGGGGUCCCCGGAGAGGGUUGGGACCAGCCUGCUGCUUGGUGCCCGGAUGUUCUGGGGCCUGAAGUCUGGGGUGAGAGUUAGAGGUUCAGGGCCGUGCCUGGGGCUGCUCCUUUGGUCCCGGGGCCACGCCGGGUGUCCCAUUCCCAUGCGCAAGCACACACACGCACGCACACACACACACGCUUUCCCACGCAAGCUUGUGCACUGACUCCCACCCAGGCUGCGGGGGAAGACUCCGGGCGAUUUCUCCUCCCCCAUGGAAAGUCUGAUUCUGGUCCUUCCUGUCAGGAAGGGAAGGUGUAGCAGCUGGCGGAGACAGGGAUCUAGGGAUGGGGACAAGCUCGCUCGCUACUCGCCUCCCUGCAGGGCCUGGGGAUCCUCCUGCAGCUGCGACCCGCCGAGGGCCCCAGGAGGGGAAGCGGGCAGGUGUCGGGCUGGCCUGGCUUGAGACCUUCUUCCAGCCGCCGACCUCUGCCCUUCUCGCCCCGCUGCAGACAAGGAUGAGGGCGAGCACCCCAACAACAGCUUCAGCCCCUGCAGUGCCCAGGACCGCAGGUGCAUGCAGAAGCACCUGGCCAAGCUGCGUGACCGGAGCAGCAGCGGGGGCAGGAUGAAGGUCGCUGGGGCGCCCCGGGAGGACGUGCGGCCUGUGCCGCAGGGCUCCUGUCAGAGCGAGCUGCACCGCGCCCUGGAGCGGCUGGCCGCCUCGCAGAGCCGCACGCACGAGGACCUCUUCAUCAUCCCCAUCCCCAACUGCGACCGCAACGGCAACUUCCACCCCAAGCAGUGUCACCCGGCUCUGGACGGACAACGUGGCAAGUGCUGGUGCGUGGACCGGAAGACGGGGGUGAAGCUUCCGGGGGCCCUGGAGGCCAAGGGGGAGCUGGACUGCCACCAGCUGGCUGGCAGCUUCCGAGAGUGAGCCUGGCACGAACAGGGGCGGUGGAGUUGGCCCAGAAGUUUCUCUUGGGGUGCCUGUGUGUGUGUGUGUGUGUGUGUAUGUGCGUGCGUGUCUCUGUGUGUGCACAUGUUAUGGACACGAGUGUACUCAAUGUCCUUUGGGGCUUAGCCCGAGAGGUUUGAGUAUGCAGAGGGGAGUGCUGACGUGUUUCCAAGCUGACCCUGGGUUCUUUCGCUUACCCGUUCACCCACCUGAAAACAUUUAUUGAUCACAUACUAUGUACCAGCGCUAGUUCUCAGUUCUGGGAGCCCCCUCCUGACUCCCUGGGAAGGUGGGAGAAGCGAAGCCUGCUUCCCAGAGAAGAAGCAGAGGCUGGGAGUCGCGGGGAGGGCACAGGCACUCGGGGGCACAGACCAGGGCCCCUCAGCAGUCUGCCCUCAGAGGGUGUGUUGGGCUUUGUGUGCGGUCGUGGGUCCCGUCCGUCUGCCCUGGUGGUCACAGCCACGGAGUCACCAGGGGACCCCUUCCUGGCUCCCUGUUCCCAGGGCUUUUCCGGCUUGGCUGGAGGGCAGGAGCCUUGGGGAGCGCUUUGCUGCCUGCGCUGUCUUUCUUUUCUUUCCUUUCAUUCAUCCAUUUUUUUUUA